GGCAUUACGGAGACUGCGCAGUAAGGGCAUAAACAGAGUUGCCUUGGAGACUCUUGCUGAGCUCGAGCUUGAUUUAGUGCAGUCACUACAACAUGGCUGACAACGACAACGAACCAACUACCGCCGCUGAUCAAGCCGUUGAAGAAAUCAGUGGGGAAGCACAGACACAUACAGACCCUGAACAGGCUGAGGAGGGAAUAGCUAAAGUGUCUGUUGACGAAGGCGAUCGUGAAUCAACCAAACAAGAUGAAGCGGAACCUGAGACAACUGGCGAAGAAGCGGGUACGGGUGGUGUUGGCGAGUCUGAUGCUGCCGAACCGGUGGUUGAAGGAAAUGUUGUUGAAGGCGAGGACACUAAUCAGAGUACUGGUGACGGUGAACAACAACAAGUAGAUCAAACUCAGGAAAAUACAAAUAUAAACCAAGCUGGGGAUGAUGGUAAUGCAGAUACGACACAAAAGGAAGAUCCCGCCGAAGAACAACAAGCGCCUGCAGAAUGUUUGCCACAAGAGGGGACAGAGGUCGGUGAAACGGUACCCACUGACGGUGAACUCCAUACUGAGGAUGCUGAUGAGGUAGUAGCAUCCGUUGUUGAUGGAAAUGACGACACCGUCGAGCAACAAAUGGAAGCCGACGUGACUGCUAAUGAAGGUGAGCAAGAUGGGGAUGUGGCUGGAGAUGGUGAUCAGAAUGGCCAAGAAACACAAGUCGAGGAGGGUGGAGUAGACGGAGAGGGGGAGCAGCCACCAACUGAACAGGAUAUGGAAGAUCAACAAAUGCCAGCCCAAGUGACAACACCAGCACCAGUGGAUACUGGACGACAUGUUGUUACACCGACUGAUGGGGAACAACUUGAUGCAGUUGAUGAACACACUAUUGAAUCUGAAUCAGUAAAGCCUGAGGAGCCUGGGCCCAAUGCACUAAAUUUGACAUGGUCUUUUGGUGUGAACAGGAACAUUGCAGCGAUAAAUCUGACAGAUGGACAGAGGAAAGCCGUACUCUACACAUGUGCACACAUUGCUGUCAUAUAUGAUCAUGUAGAAAACACACAACAGCUUUUACAAGGACAUUGUAAUAACAUUUCCUGUACGUGUGUUAGUGAAGAUAAAAGAUGGGUUGCCACUGCUGAUAAAGGUCCAAAUAGUACAGUUAUUAUGUGGGAUUCACAUACAGGAAUCCCAGUUCAGACAUUGUUUGAUGCUCACCCAGAUGGUGGAGUUUCUGGUAUGACUAUGACUCCAGAUGCCAAGUAUUUGGCAACUCUCAGUGCCAAUGGCAAAAAGCAAACUUUCGCUAUUUGGGACUGGACGACUGAUAGCGAGACACCGAUUUGCACAGCAGAGUUAGAUGAGAGUUAUGGCUUGCAGACAUACGUUCAGUUUAACCCAGAAGACAUAACGCAGAUUGUUUCCAAUAGUGACCAGCAAGUUAUUUUUUAUUCCUGGAAAAAUGAUAAGAUUGAAUAUUUUGCACCAUCCCUGACAGAUCAAGAUUUCAACCGCGCUGUGGGUAAUUAUAGCAAAUCUAUCUUUGUAAGUGGUACUACCAAGGCAUAUACAGCUACAUCAUGCGGUAACAUUGUAGUAUGGGACAAUAACAGACCCAUAUCAGGACCGCCAAGCCUGGAACCAUCUCCUAAUAAAAAAGCGUUCAAGCUUGUACGAUUGCAAGAACGUGGAAUCACUGUUUUGACAACAACAGACAAUUAUGUUGUAACAGCAGAUGUCCUCGGCCAUGUCAAAUUCUAUGAUUGGCAUCUACGCAUGUCUAAUUGGUACAGUGAUUUUGAUGUGGGACCCAUCAACUCUUUAUCCUUUGAAUAUCUCCCAGAGUUCUCAUAUGAAGCAAAAGCAGACAGUAACUACCCUCCCGAUGCCACUAUUUAUUCUAAACCAUUUGUAACUCGUGAUUAUAUGAUUGGAACUUCCACGGCUGUUAUCGCACACGUGGUAGCCGACGGGACUAGUCUUAAGGUGAUACAUAGAGAACAUGAUGCUGCAGUUCACGCUGUAGCCACACAUCCAUCCAAACCAUUUGUCUGCAUUGGUAGCUACGCUGGAUAUGUCAAAGUCUGGAAUUAUCUUAAAAAGGAGGUGGUUGUUCAGCGUAGGUUUCCUAGAGGAUGUUUGGUAAGAUGCCUGACUUACGAUCCUCAAGGUGCUUAUAUAGCUGUCGGUUUUACCAAUGGUAGUGUUCGAAUACUGGAUGCAUUGACUUUAGAUGAUGAGUGCCCGGAACCGUUUCGAUUUUCACGAGAUGUUGUAAUACAGUGUGCUUUCUCACAUGAUUCUGAGUGGUUGGCAACGGCGGAUGCUGAUUACUGUGUGAGCGUUUUCAAAGCCCAGCCAUAUAACGAGCAGGAGCCGUGGAUGUACUUGGGUAAACAGAGGGCGCACUACAAGCCUGUCAGAGGGAUCAUGUUUGGUCGAACAUUGGAUUCGGAAGUUCCUCGCUUGCUGUCUGUCGGUGAAGAUAGAACACUGGUUGAGUAUGCCAUCUUUAGCAGCACCACUGAUAACUUACAACUCAUCAGUUCAGACAGAAUUGAACAGAGUGCCAUUCCUCAGUGCUUCACCAUGUAUCCUCCAAUCACAAAAGAGAACUUCCUCUUGUUAGCCAAUGACCAGUAUAAAUUCAAGCUUUAUAACUCUACAACUAAGAUGUGCCGGAAGACGCUACUUGCACCAACAUAUGGAUCACCACUUCAGCGUAUGGAGGUGUUACCAACAGAGGGCGCUGUUGAUAGUAAACGCUAUUUAGCAUACAUCACCAAUGAUAAAGUUGGCCUGCAUUCUAUGCCUUUGGACGGCAACCCACACAAUGCCAUGGCAUUAAUAGCCCAUCCUGGCAAGGUGGUAAACUUAGCUUGUAGUUAUGACGGUAAACAUGUCUUCACUGCAGGUGGUACCGACUCCUCGGUACAUAUGUGGAACGUUAAUCUAAUGGUUCUCGAGGCUGGUAGCAAACUCGGUGGAGAAGACCUGAUUCCGUUCUAUGGUCUGUUAGAGGGCGGUAGAGAAGGUGAACUAUUUGCAGAACUUGAAGACUAUUUUUAUUAUGCACAGAUUAGAAGUCAAGGAGUUGACACGAUGGAUUCAAGAGAAAUCUCAACUAAGAUUCCUCUCACGGAAGUACCGUUUGUCAUGAGAGCACUUGGAUUUUAUCCCUCAGAGCAGGAGAUAGAAGACAUGCUGAAUGAAGUGAAAUUCAGCCAAUAUGUGGAAACGGGAAAAUAUGUAACUGACAUCGAUCUUGGCGAAUUUAUAAAAUUGUAUGUGAACCACAGACCAGCAUUUGGGCUUUCCAUCAGCCAACUGCAGAGGGCGUUUGAAGUGCUGGGACUCGAUGAUGGAACAGGUGUCCCUGCCAUAGAUCGGGGUGAACUGCUGGAUUUAUUGCAAAGCAAAGGUGAACAUAUGACAGAACACGACCUUGCAGAGUUCCUGACCACACUUCUAGGAUAUAAUCCAGAGGGAGGUAGUUCAGAGCUUGGAUUGUACGAUCCAGCAAAUGCGGGUGACAUUAUUGAAGACAAUUUGCCAGAGAGCAUAAAUUCAGAUAUGUUUGCCAGUCAAGUGUUGGGAUUUGGUUACGAUGAAUCGGCUGAACAGAGAGCUCGACAAGAGAGUCCAACAGACGUAAAGUCGCCCGCUGAAGUAAUGAUGAUCCACUAAAAGCUGUCCCUACACGUGGAAUAUGAGAAAUUGAACAGUGUGCACAACAAAAAUAGUUGCGAGAAAUUUCACAGUUGAAAACAAAUUCUAGGUUUUUUUUGUUUUAAAUAAGUUUCUUCAGGUUUUGAAAUGUGUAAAUAAUGGAGUUCCCAUCAAGUGUACAUACAUUCCAGUAAUUUUGUGUAGAGAGUCCGGAUAAAGAAUUGACAAUUUGUGUGCAUCUUUCUUGUUCCAAAAGGUGGGUUUGGCUUUUAUAUUGUGGAUAUGGGGAAACAGAAUUUGGGGUAUUAAAAUACAAUUAAUUUCCAUGCUUUCUGUGUUGAAGAAAAUAAAUGAAAAUAGCCGCCCACUAAUAACAUGAUUUUUAUUUUUAAAAAUAAUUGCAUAAAAAUAUUGCUGAUGUAUUAUACUGUAUUCUUAUACUAUAUAUAUAAAAUAAAUAUUUCAAGUUUUAA